GCUGCCCCGACAGCGGGGCGGGACGGGGCGGGUCGCGCUCCUCCCCCGGCUCCCCCGGUGGGGCGGGAUCCGCCUGAGGGGCUGCUCGCCGGAGCGGCUGGCACAUCCCAGAGCGCAGAGCAGCGGAGGUGGCGGGCUCAAGACGGGCUGGGGACACUGCCCACGCAAGCUAGACCCAGGUUUACUCUGGGCCUGAAGCCAGAAAACCUCCACCCCACCGAGUUGUGGUGCCUCCCGCUAAACAAAAGGGGACUGGAAGAAGCUCUCUCAACUGCUCCCCAGGAGCUAUAGCAGGGACUCAAAGUAACAGCCGCACUGCCCAUCCAUCUUCUUGGAAGGAAGGAAGGAAGGAAGGAAGGAAGGAAGGAAGCAAUCAGUGCAAAAGUCCCUUUCCACCAAGGAUGACGCUAAACACCCAGCAGGAAGCAAAAACUCCACUGCGCCGAAGAGCCAGCACUCCACUACCGCUGUCCUCCAGGAGCCGCCAGCCUGGCCACCUGUGCACCAUGGCCCCCAUGCAAUCCCAGCAUCCCCCACUGGGCCAGUCAGCCUCCCUCAACCCUCCUGCCCAGAAACCCUCACCUGCCCCAGAUAGCUGGUCCUCUGAAUCCAGUGACUCUGAAGGCUCCUGGGAGGCCCUCUACCGAGUGGUGCUGCUUGGAGACCCUGGCGUAGGGAAGACCAGCUUGGCCAACGUCUUUGCAGGGAAGCAAGAGCGGGACUUCCAUGAACAGCUGGGAGAUGUGUAUGAGAGGACCCUCACAGUGGAUGGAGAGGACACCACACUGAUAGUCAUGGACACCUGGGAAGCUGAGAAACUGGAUGCAAGCUGGAGCCGGGAGUCCUGCCUGCAGAUGGGCAGCGCCUACGUCAUUGUGUACUCCAUCGCAGACCGUGGCAGCUUCGAGAGCGCCUCGGAGCUCCGCAUCCAGCUGCGGCGUGCACACCGGGCAGACCACGUGCCCAUCAUCCUUGUGGGCAACAAGGCAGACCUGGCACGCUGCCGUGAAGUUUCCGUGGAAGAGGGCCGUGCCUGCGCUGUGGUGUUUGACUGCAAGUUCAUCGAGACUUCUGCAGCCCUGCAACACAACGUGGCCGAGCUCUUCGAGGGCGUAGUACGCCAGCUCCGCCUGCGGCGCCGGGACCGGGUGGCCGACGAUGAGCCCUCAGCCCCGCGGCGGCGCGCCAGCCUCGGCCAGCGCGCUCGUCGCUUCCUGGCUCGCCUGACAGCCCGCAGUGCCCGCCGUAGAGCGCUCAAAGCCCGCUCCAAAUCGUGCCACAACCUGGCCGUGCUCUGAAGCAACCUGUCUUUCCCGAGGUGGUGGGACAAUGGAAUGCUGUCUGAGCUUCACCAAAGCUACCGAAGAACAAGAGCCACGUGGCCCGCAGUCCGCACCUCGGGCCCUACCUGGCCGCUGCCAUGAUGGUGAGAGCAUCGUCCAGAGCCAGAGCCUGGAGGACCACUCAGCCUGGAGAAGUGGUGGCCAGACCAUGGGCAGAAGCCUCAAGACAGAGGCAAAGUAGGGUGUUAAUAAUGUGGUGGGUACCUUUUUAUAAAAGUCUCCUUUUCUCUAGACUCUGACCUACUCUCAGAAACGCCCCACAAUAAACUAGCCCAGAAGGGCAUCCAGUCUGAAUCCCCAGACUGAACUCCUUGGGCUCUCCAGACUUUUCUUCCUCCUGCCAUCCCUUUACACUGCUGUAGACUGGUUUACCCUGCUGGCCGUGUAUCCAGGCCAACCAUAACAUCGCAGGCCAGUCAUGUCCUCAGGCCCUCUCCCAGCCACUGGGCAUGGUACCCGUCUUUAAGACACACACAGGAUCACUACCAACCACAGCCCAGUGUGACCCACUAUUUUCUCCUGAAUUCGUUUUAUGGAUUAUUGACUCAUAAAAUAUUGUUUGAAAGGAUUCUUAGCACUCACUCAUCCUGGUAAUAUAAUAGCUGGCCUUUGUGAGAGUUGUGUACCAAGCUGUCAUGACUACUAAUUAAUCUUCACCUGAGGAGAGAAUGUUACCUUGAACCUGAUUUGAUUAAUGAAGGAACCAAAACCCAGAGCAGUGGAGGCUCAGGCCCAGGAUAACACAACUGCUCUCAGAGAAGUUGCCUUGACAACUUCCAAGCCAGGCUUUUUGCAUCAGUAUCUAUGCCCAACUCAUCCAUAGUCCAGUCCUCCUUAAGAAGCUGCCAAGGCACCUGGAGUCCGAGGCAGGCUAGAGGACUGAGCAAGACCGUACCUCUAAUUAAUUAAGCAGUAGAGCACUUAUCUAACAUGUACAAAGUCCAGAACACCAUCCCCAGCACUGAAAAAAAGGAGAAGAGGAAGGAAAGCAGAAAGAGAGGAAGGCAUCGUGGCACAUGC